GCUAGGCCGUUUACGUUGGCUAGGCCGUUUACGUUGGCUAGGCCGUUUUACGUUGGCUAGGCCGUUUUACUUUGGCUAGGCCGUUUACGUUGGCUAGGCCGUUUUACUUUCUGCAGUCCUCUUGAAACUCUCUUUGAACAUACAAAACUUUGUUACCUUUUUGGGGUUUUGUGGCUGACUCUGUAUAAUGUGUUCAAUUUGAACACAUGUUUUACAUGAGAAUUCUCCAAGUUUUUGUCCGUUUUCUCAAAUGUAUAAUGAAUUACAUAGAUUUUCUCACAUUUAAUUUACAAAAAUGUUUUUGCUUUAAAUGCAAAAUCAUUUUUGCGUCAGUUUUGUUAAUAAUAUUAUUUUUCACUAUUGCUGCUGUUGAUCUUUGUAUAAUGGCUGCAUAUUGCAGUGUAGAUUUACUGUAACUUACCAAAGUAAAGAAAACAUGUUCUAAUGCAGUAUUAGUUUUGGGACUGAAGCUUUGUUAAGUAGUCCAUAGGCCAGUGAAAAAUGUAGUCCACUUUGGGGUGGUAAAGUUUUAAUAGUCUCAUCUUAUUCCCCCCAUUCCUAUGAACAAAUAGAUAUGAUGCCCACUCCAAAAGAGUAGCCUUCCAACCUUUUCACACCUUUAUAUGUCUUGUUGUUUGGGAAUCUAUGCAAUAGAAUGUUUGCAGGCUGAUAAAUACAUUUUAAGGCAAGUUGGAAUGUUCACAUGCUCAUUGAAAAUGACUGUAUCAAACAACAAUAGAACACUCCAUUGGGUGGAUCUCAUCGUAAAAACAUGGUAUUUGGUACAUUUUUGCCAUCUCUUCGAAAUGAUUGACCUAGACUGACUCAUCGUUGAAACAACACUGUUACAAAUAGCAGAACUAGAUAUUUCUAUACUUCCCAUUCUGUCUUGAUAUACCCCAAAAUGCAUACAUUUAUGACAUUUGACCCCCGAAAGAUUGGACCAUAGAGAUGUCAUUACCAUUCCAGUUUUUUCACACCUUAAUAUGUUGUAUUAUGAAGUGAAUAACAUAGAAAAUUCCCUUUGUUUGAAAAGAUUGUUCCCAGAUAAUACAACAUUAUUUCAUACCAUCAAUCCUGUGGCACCAACUAACCACAUAGAGGUCAAAACAUAAAAUGCACACAUUUACCUACCUCAGAAUCAUGGGUAUCAUACCAACAUGUAACCUAAAUGAAAAUCCUCAUUAGACUUCGCCACCCCAAAGUAGACAAAUAUGUGAAAUUUGGCCUGCUGGCCCAUCUCCUUAACCUCAAAUGCAAGCUUUUGUAUAUUUCAUUUUCAAGAGAAGGAUUGUGUAAACGUGUGUUUUUGGAGCAGGCAGGAUGUGUUGUAAAUAAUAAAGUUUUUUUUUUUACUGCUACAUACUAAAUUAUUAUUUAAAGUUAUUGUAUCUAGAAAAAUACAUAAUUAAAGUGAGCUGAAGUCAAGUCGGUGCUGCUUUGUGGUUUGCUCUCCAGGUUCGUGUUCGGUCUCCAGCCUCGACCUGAUAGGGAAGUCAGUGUACAUGUUGCUAGGCAACGAGAGGCCAUCCGAACGACGGUGUUUUCACGCGAAUUCCGCUCAUACAAGGACAAAACUACCUAAAAGUGCGUCAGUUUGCAUCUAAUGCUAGCUAGCUACUUCUAAAGUCGACUAUUAGUUUGUGAUUAGUGCACACUGACAAUGCCGUUCAGCGCCGAGGCCAUUAAGCCGCCCCUUCAUGACCAAAUAACAGAACUGCAGAGGAAAAUUCAACUUCUUGAGGGCGACAGAAGUGCAUACUAUGAAAUGUCUCAGUCAAGCAUCAAGAAAAACAGGAAUUCUAUCCUUCAGCUGAGGCAGGAGAACAAGAGACUACACAAGAAGUUGGCUAACGCUCUUGCUGGGGACGAGCAGGUGAUAAAGGAGGCCUUCCAAAGCCGAGGCAUGGAGAAAGCUGCCUUCAGAAACAUGUCAGGGAAGGCUGCUCUCAAGGUGCUGGACCAGAAGGUGUGUGACAAGAUGAAGAAGCUGAACGCUCUAAAGCACACCACCCAGACGUACCGUCGUCGCCUGGAGGACCUACAGACACUGUACCAGAGUAUGAAGCUAGAGAACAGGGGACCAGAGAGAGACACGGAGAGACACAGCGAGGAGGCCAAGAACUUGCGGGUGCUGGAGAAUCGUCUGGAGAAAGCCCAGCUGAAGUGCCAGGAGGCUGAACACAUCAUGAGAGGCUAUCUGAAACUAAAGGCCCACCUACAGGAGGAGAGCCUGACCUUCCAGUCCAAGCUGGAUGAACUAGAGGCUGAGAUCCUGAGACAGAGACAGGAGCUGAAGGACCUGCAGGUCCUGAACAGUGACGCACUCCUCUCCAAAGACACUGCCAAGGCAGAGCUGCAGCGUCAAGAAGAACAGAUGUAUAGGGAGAGGAAGGACAGAGAGUGUAUCCUCACCCGUUACAAGAAAGAAGCAGAGGACCGUAAGGCUCAGGCUGAGAGAGUGGAGAGAAGGGCCCAGCGGGCAGCCAUGCAGCCUGACGAGCUGAGUAGCGACGCCCAGCGCAGUGCCACCGGGCUGGGGGAGGAGGAGAGGGCCAUCUCCACCUUCGAAGAGGCCUUCAGACGCAUCAAGGAGGCCACGGGGGUCACUGACACACGGGAGGUGGUGGAGAGGUUCAUCUCCCAGGGAGACACCCAGCAGCACCUGGAGAAUCUGAAGAAGGAGAACCAGAGAACCCUGGUACAGCUGAAGGAGGACAGGGACCGUCUGCAGGAACACUUCCAGGACAUCAAGUUCCGGGAGACCAAGCUCUCCAGUGGUCAGCAGAUGCUGGAGGACUGUAAGCGCCACCUGCAGGCGGAGCAGGGGAGCCGCGACGCCGCCAAGGAGCGUCUGGACUGGCUGACCCGUACCCUGAACACGGUCCGGGCCGGGGUGGAACACCUAUCUGACAAACUGCAGCACAUCAAGCUGAUCAAGUUGAAACCUCCCCCAGCUGCCCCCGGCUCAGAGGAGUACGUGGUGGAACUGCUGUCCCAGUCAGAGCAGAAGCUGCUGUUAUUGCAGGAGGAGCUCCAGGGGAAGGACCUGGCCGCCGUCAUGAAGGAGAUGGAGGAAGAGGAGUUCCAUGCCAGCAUCGAGGGGAAGCUGCCCCAUUGCAACACCCGCAUCAAGCUGCCUGAGGCUCAGAGACAGGACCCAUAUGAUGAAGAGGAGGAGAGCGGGGACGAUGAGGGUGACAUUAUCACCAGGGCGAUACUGAAGCACCAGUCUCAGCUCAUCAUCGACUCCAAGACUAAGAGGAAGACCAGGACCAAGAAGAAAAAGGGCAAGCUCUGAUCCUAGAUCAGUUAGGCUGGCUAGAGGUCACAAGAGCCAUAGAAAUAUAAUUGCUAGAAUGGGGAGUUUGUGUUUAGUGUGAGGUCAUAGGUCAUAUUUGUGCCCUGGAUUGAGUGAAAAUACUUUUGCUUAGAUGGCAUAGGGGACUUGAGUGAAAUCUUACUCCUCACAUAUAAUUAUUCAGUUAGCUAAAUAAUUAUAUUCCUUAUUAACUAAUGGAAUGCACAGUAAAUGUAUAUUGUAUAUUUGGGAUGAUACUGUAGCUAGGGGAACGUUGUGGUGGCAGAUCAUAUAGUACCUUGCAGUCAUCACAUUAGCUACUUUAUGAAUGCAAGACUUGAUUUUAUCACAAAGCAGUUCAACACAAAAUAAUUUCCCACUUGCACCACUGAUUUGUAGAUUAUAAAAUUGUAAUCAAAAUAGGAAUGAAAAUCAAUAAAAAGCUUGAUUUGAAGAAUUACUCAAUUACUCAAGGUAAGAUUGCUCUAAUGCAGGGGUGUCAAACACACAGCCCGUGGGAUGUUUUUUGUUGUUGUAUAAUAUAUAUAUUUUUUAAUCUGCAUUGAAAUGACUUAAAUAUUGAAACUGUAGGAAUCGGGGCUUGACAUGAACCUUUUUAGCCUUUGGACAAGUAGGACAGAUGUUUUUACUUGUUUACUGAAGUCACUUGUCCCCCCCCAAAAAAGGUAUUUAUCACAGGCCAAAAGGGUGAGUGAAAAUGAGUGAAGUACACAUAUCCAUGGGAAUUAGGGGUGCUGAGGGUACAGCAGCACCCCCUAAUAAAUCACUUUAUUAAUAAAUUAGUGAUUAAAUUAGUGCACUAGGCCUUUAUUACUCCUCUUUGAUUACUGCUGUAUGAUUACUCCUGUAUGAUUACUGCUGUAUGAUUACUCCUGUAUGAUUACUGCUGUAUGAUUACUGUGUAUGAUUACUCCUGUAUGAUUACUGCUGUAUGAUUACUCCUGUAUG